AUGAAAAUGAAUAGAAGGGUAUUUAGUUUAGUUUGUACCGUCUUUUAUGCCCUUUUGUCUGCAUCAAUACAUUUCUCGGAACAGAAAGUAAGUUUCCAAACAAAGCAUAAACUAAUAUAUGGAAAAUUAUAUAAUAGUGGUUAUUUACAUGUUGUGACGUAUAUAUUAACGGGUAAGGAAAAGAAUGGUAUAGAAUCUAAAUGUGAAACCCAAUUAAAUAAUAACAAUAAUAACAAUCUUAAAAAUGAUGAAGACAAAAAAAAUAAAAAUCGAAAAAUAGCAAUAUAUUACGAUGAAAAAACGAACCUUUGGGGUUAUUGCUGUUGUGGUUUGUGGUAUUUAUUUGAUUGA